UUAUUUGACAUUGUCAGUAGAUGGCAGUGGAGAACUAAAACAUUGAUCAUUCGCGACGCGCUGGAAAUCAGCAGAGAAGAGCGCGCGCAGUAUGGCAGGGUCACACUCAAACUGGAGGCCACCACGUUCAUGUGACGUCUACUGGUGUGAAUUCAAGCACUGCAAGAGUUUACUUAACAGAUUCCAUGAAUACUACACCUACGGCAGAGCACCGGACUGCCAGCAGUGGAAAGAAGACUAUUACACCUGCAAAGAGUGGGAGAUAAACCACAGCACACAGGCCAAGGAAUCCCUCCAGGAGAGCGAGAGGAAGCGAGUCGCUGCGCAGGGGAAGUUCACUCCGGUCUGGGAGCUUCGACAGACGCCUCCGGCUGAUUGGCACCUGCCGCUCAACCAGGGCAAGCCACAGGACUCAUAAAGUCGUAAAGGACUAUUUAUUGAGUUGCAUGAACUUCUGCUGGGAACCUCCUCACACUACCUCUCCUGGACUGAUGCACUUCUGUUCUGUUGUAGAUCUGAUUUUCCUGGUGCUCAAUGCAAAGCAGCCUAAAAAAGUCUCGAUCAACCUGUAUAUGGAAUUAAUAAAGCGAACGUUGAAGUAUAAGCAUUUGAUGACCCUAGUG